UGCUGCUGCUCCUUGCGUGCCAUUGUAUACUGUCCCAAUACAGCUUGAUCAUGGCCGCCAACACACGCGCAGCGAUGCGCUUACUGUCGCCGAGGAUCCAGUGCCUGCAGCGACCGGCGAGAUGCUCGCAGAUCCGCCAUGCCUCGUCGCGCUACAGCAAUCCGGGCAAGAGAGCCUUCACAGCUGCUCCCGCGCAAGCACCUUCGUUUGCGGGCGAGGUGGAACAGCAGGUACCGGCCGUGGAGCUGGACGCCGGGUUGCGACCUCAGCUGAGCAUGCGCGAUCAGUAUCUGGCGGAGGAGGAGAGGAAACAGUAUCACUUGCGCCGCAUGCGAUUCGCCGGCAUGGGCCUACUUUUGACAUUGGCGGGAUUGACCAUUACCCUGUCCAAUCUGGAUCUUGAGCAGAUGGAAUCAUCAGAGAAAAAUAGGCGGGGACAACAGCUAGAUGCGGGCGACAAGGACGACAAGACAUUCCAGGGCAAGAGCGUGACCAUUAUUGGAGCAGGUGAGGGCAAGAGGAUAGUAGCCCAAGGACAAGGAGAAGAGAUUGAGCUUGUCGAAACUGGCACAUCAAGUGUUCCUCACUUCCCUCGAACAAUUUACCUUCCUACAAAUCAAGAGUCCAAGCCCAAAUCUGAUCCUCUCGGUAACAUUGACAUCACGCAGCCCAAUGCGGGCGCCAAUCUAGGCAACAUCUCCAACCAAGAACAAUAUACCCUCGUAGGACUCGGUAUUCGCACGGUCUCCUUUCUUUCAAUUCAAGUCUACGUGGCAGGACUCUACAUCCGGACCCAAGACAUCGCAACCCUCCAACAACGCCUCAUCAAGGAUGUUAACGAAACAGCUUCAACUCUCAUUCCCUCCGAGAAAGAUCAACUCCGCCAACGUCUUGUAGACCCCUCCGCAAGCCGCGAAAUCUGGAUUGACCUCCUCCAAGUCCCCGGCAUCAAGACCGCCUGGAGGAUAGCUCCCACCCGCAACACAGAUUUCGGCCAUCUCCGCGACGGCUGGAUAACAGGAAUCUCCAACCGCACUCGUGAGUUCAAGGCCAUUGCCCGCGGCGCCGAAACAGAGUACGACCACGAAGACUUUGGGAAAUCAGUCAGCGAUUUCAAGAACAUCUUCACUGGCGGCAAAGCUCCCAAAGGCAGCGUCAUGAUCCUAUCGCGGAACAACAAUGGCGCGUUGGAUGUCUGGUUCCAAGAGAAGCCUGGUGCGCAAGGGAAGGAAAAGGAAGUGCAACAUUUAGGAAAAGUGGAUGACGAGAGGAUUGGAAAGCUGAUUUGGUUGGGUUAUCUUGGUGGGGAGAAAGUGAGCAGUGAGCAGACGAGGAAGGGCGUCGCAGAGGGUUGUGUGGCCUUUGCGAGUCGGCCAAUUGGGAGUGUGGAAGCCAUGGUGAACUGAGCAGAGCUUAGCCCAAGAUGUGUGUGCUUCUAUGUAUGAGUACGGAUGGACACUGAUGAUGCAAAAUAUGCACAGAGUGUAGAACGAGCUUUCUGGCUGGAGGCAGAAUGGUCGGAUAUGCGAAUGUGGUUUCGACUAUUCAGACACUAGAUCGCAAAAGGCUUGCGAGAACGAGGUGUACGAGGAGACAUGUACAGGUUUUCAUCGAAAAUUUGAUUCGAACACAUAUACCGAACACCAAGAGAACUACAUAGGCAUCAGAAGCACUUUCUCGACA